AUGGCUAUGUUUACAUCUGAAAUCAGAGCUAUCUGUGCUGAAAUGGUUGAUUUAGCUCAAAGUGGGCAUCCUGGAAGUGCCAUGAGUUUAGUUCCGAUAAUGAAUGUCCUUUUUAGGAAAAUGUUGCGAAUUUCAAAAGUUUAUCCUAAUUGGGAAAAUCGUGAUAUUUUGAUUUUAUCUAACGGACAUGCAUGUCCAGUAGUUUAUGCAUACAUGUAUUUGUUGGGGUACUUGGAACAUCAAGAUUUACGGGAGUUUAGGCGGUUAGGGAGUAAGACACCGGGGCAUCCUGAGGUAGGACCUGGAGUAGAAGCGGCAACGGGUCCUUUAGGCCAGGGUAUUGGUCAGAGUGUAGGGUAUGCAUUGGCUUUGCGAAGUUUGCAGAGGUACAAUCGCGAGGACUUGGAAUUGUUUACUGGUCGAGUCUUCUGUAUUGCUGGGGAUGGAUGUAUGCAGGAGGGAGUGGCUUUUGAAGCACUGAGUUUGGCGGGGCAUUUGGGGUUGAGUAAUUUAGUGGUGGUUUAUGAUUGUAAUCGGAUUACAAUUGAUGGGAGUUUAGACUUAUCUUCAUCGGAGGACGUAUGUGCGCGUAUGAGUGCUUUGGGGUUUGUUGUUCGUAAAGUGGCUGAUGGUGAGAAUGAAGAGGAGAUUGAGAAGGCUUUGCAGCCGGGCGGGGAUAAGCCCGUUUUUGUCUUGUUGCAUACGGUGAUUGCUCAAGGAAGUUUACAAGCUGGGAGUAAGCAGACGCACGGGGCGCCUUUGGCUAAGGAGGACUUAAAGCAAUUGAAAGCGGCGGCCCAGGUACCGGCGGGUGAGACUUUAUGGUUCCCGGCGGCUUUGAAAGCCGAAAUGGCCGAAGUAGCGACUAAUCGGGUCGAACUCGUCAGGGAGUGGCAGAAGAAGUUAGUGGUGUACGAGGAAAAGUAUCCUGAGUUGUACCGGGAGUUAAUGACAGUGACAAUUCCCGAGUUACCCGAUUUAGAAACGACUGAGUGGCAGGCAGUUGCGAAGGAACAGCAGAGUUGGUGGGCGGCCCAGGCUACUCGAGUGCAUUUGAAGCAAGCAAUGGAGUUACUAGGUGGCCACCCGCGUAUUCUAGGGGGAUCAGCUGAUUUGGCCAGUUCGACUCUAUGCCGGCGUGAUAAAGCGAUAACCUUUACUGCUCAGGAUAAGACAGGUCAAUUUGUUAACUUUGGUGUGCGUGAGCAUGGUAUGUGUGCUAUUCUUAGUGGAGUGGCUGGAUUCGGGUGGCAUUUUGGGUUUGGGUCGACUUUCUUGAACUUUAUCAGUUAUGGAUUCCCGGCUCUAAGAAUUGCUGCUAUGUCGGGCCAUUCCUUUGCUCUGUUUGGAACACACGAUUCGGUGGGUUUGGGCGAGGACGGGCCUUCCCACCAGCCGGUCGAAAUCUUGCCAUUGCUACGAGCUACACCCGGUUUAAUUACGUUUCGGCCGUGUAAUGGCGUAGAGACUUUGUUUGCCGUGCAUUUUGCUCUUUUCCAACGCGCCGCACCUUGUGUUCUGGCCUUAACCCGGCAAAAGAUAGCGAGUGUCCCCAAUACUUCUCUAAGUGGAGCAGCUCGAGGUGGAUACAUCAUUAAGGAUUAUGAGCCGAGUAAAAGUGGCCAGCGCAUUCUUUUGCUGGCAACGGGCUCAGAAGUUCCUUUAGUCUUAGCUGCACAGGACCUUCUACCGGAGUACAAUAUUCGGGUGGUAUCUUUACUUUCAUUUGAGUUAUUUGGGCAACAAACAGCAGAGUACAUUCAAGCAACUUUAGUUGGAGAUGUUUCGAUUAGUGUUGAGGCUUCUUCUACUUUUGGCUGGUCUAAAUACGCGCAGUACCAAAUUGGCAUUGAUACGUUUGGGUACAGUGCACCCGGGGCGGACAUUAUGGCACAUUUCGGGUUCACGCCUCGACAGAUUGCCGAUCAGAUCGUGCAAUAUGCCAAUAAGCAGGCAAGUACUUAA